GUCCCAAGCUCAUCAUCCGUGGACGUGGUCCAGGCCGAGAGUAUUUCCUUCCCUCCCCACUCCACUGGCUGCCUCACGAUCUGCCAGGAGCUUGGUUCACCUCGCCCCUACAACGGAGCGAGACGCAAGCCGAGCCAGGGGGGUGACUACGCUCCGAUCCCUGACCCAGCUCACCGUAUCUGAGAAAGCAGCGAAGGCCAAGUCCCCAGGGCGCCCACUGUUUCAGCGCCUGGCUAGUCAGGCGGGUGCAGUCUACCGCGGGAGCGUAGAGAAGCGUGGGAUACGACUGGGCGGAGCCAUAGCGACGCCGACGCCUAGGACGGUGGCGCUGGUGAGAGAUCAGUCUCAGUGCGGCAAGCUGAACCCGGGGGCGGGGCGUCCCGUCGUCCGCUUCCUCGGAAGCUUGGUCUAUCAGGAAAAGGGGGCGGCGGGCUCUUUUCGGAUUGGUGAUUCCACGGACUCCCAGGGCCACGGGCCGCUGGAGGGUCGGGGAGGGGAGGCCGCGCCACCGUCGCCGAAGGGGCCCUGUCCCUCUCGGGCCAUGUCCUUACGCUGCGCGGCGGCCAUCUCGGGGGCUCGGCUCCUCCGCCAGAGCCGCUGGGGCUCGAACGCUACAAUCCGGGUCUGGAUGGGGAACAGAACAUCCUCUUCCAUGGAUAAAUCGGAAAUUGCUCCUAUAAAUCAGAUCCAGGAAACAAUUUCACAUAAUUGUGUAGUGAUCUUCUCAAAAACAUCCUGUUCUUAUUGCACAAUGGCAAAAAAGCUUUUCCAUGACAUGGAUAUAAAAUAUACUGCCGUGGAAUUGGACAUGCAUAAAUAUGGAAGCCAGUUUCAGGAUGCUCUUCUAAAAAUGACUGGUGAAAGAACUGUUCCAAGAAUUUUUGUCAAUGGGACUUUUAUUGGAGGAGCAACUGAUACUCAUAGGCUUCACAAAGAAGGCAAGCUGCUUCCAUUAGUUCAUCAGUGUUAUUUUAAGAAGUUUAGAUCAAAGAAUUUCUAACUGUAAUGUAGGCUCCUUUGGCUGUGCUGGCAAAUGUCUGCUUUUUAGUCAUUUUGCUUAUAAAACAUUUAAAUAAUUCUUUGAAAAUACAAAAUCUUAAUCAAAGAAUAGUCUAUAAAAUGAACAAUAAAGACCUGUGAAACCUACUAAAUAUUCCUUUUCCAAUAACACUUUCAGGUGAAGCUAAUUUUUUUUUUUUUGCAACAUGGAGGCUGAUACUUUGUAGCCUUAAUUUUAUAAUUUAAUCUGAGAAACCACAUAGUAAUGGAAUACAACUUUUCUUAUAAAACAUUAAAAUAUUGUUAAAACUCUUAUGUGAAAACUGAAAGUUAAGGAUUGGGGAUUUGCAGUCUUACAGAUUCAAUGAGAUACCCUAUUUUCUGUUAAUACUUCCCAGCCAGGAUUUGGAUGCCAGACCUGAUCAUUGGCUAUCCAACUUUUGUGUAAUGUGAGGAAAAUAAAUGAGAAUCAAUCAAUACAUAA